AUGGCUCAAUGGGUUUUACGUCAAUAUUCUGCACAACCUUCCGAGGACGAAGGACGUAGCCGACAAGGACAAGGGUUUCACGGAAUCCAUGGUGACAUCAAGUCGAAGAACAUCCUACGAUACAAGAAUUGGAAAGACCCAGACGAUUCCACCAAGCCUUUGUACGGUCCGCUUGGUGUUCUUCAGAUAACUGACUUCGGUUUGAGUGGAUUUCACCAUACGGACACAGCCGAAGACAUCAGAGACAAGGUCGCCAAUUACGCAUACAAGCCUCCCGAAGUCCAGAUGGUCUUGCCUAUCUCGCCUUCCUUCGACAUCUGGGCCAUGGGAUGCUUGUUUAUUGACUUCCUAACGUGGCUUGUGAUGGGUCCGAAAGGUGUCAAAGAGUUUGGGGAGAUGAGGGAGAAGACAUCUAAGGGACUGAUCACAGACACCCACCCAUGCUUCUACGAGGUUCGGCGUGAGUGGCGUGGGUGGCGUUCGACUACGAUCCAGGUUAGCCGAGGUGUCUACGAGUGGGCCGAGAACCUGUGCGAGUCCGAAUACAAGUCCCAGUUCGUGUGCGACCUUGUGGAACUGGUCCUCAGUCGAAUGUUAAUCAUUGAGGACAAGUCCCUCAUGACCGACGGAUCCUUGCCGUCGCGGACAAGGAGGAUCAACGCCUCAGAACUCCUUAAAAAGCUCAGAGAACUCUGCGGACGGAACCAGCCGCCAUCAUACUACACGAAGGUCACUAAGCCGCUCAAUGUUCCCAAUUGCAAGAAAAUGUCCUACAAGAUCAAGACACAUCAAAGUAUGGAAGAAGUCGAAACUGGAGCACGCGACAGGUGGAAACAGCAAAAGCAGGAAGCGGAUAUGAAGGCAUCGCAUCCUAAACGACAAGGCACAGGCGACAGCCUCUCAUCCGUGAGCCACGCUAGAACGGAUCCCCGUGAGAGGGCAGGAAGCGGCAGUAAACUCUACGGGUUCUUCCUCGGCUGCGACGCCGCGCUGUCCGAGACGGUAUCAAGCGAGUUCAAAUCGAGCCGAUCCGCCGCUCUCCUUCCAUUCACCCCAAUGAAGCUGUUCUUGGAGCAGGAGAGGCGCAACAGGCUCAACGAGGUCGACAAGGCCGUCAACAGCUUCUCGCUCUCCAUCGACCGGGUCACAAACCAUCAAGUCAACCCGCGGGAGAUUAUUGAGAUGUAUCUUAAGGUGAACCUGCUCAAGAGCAGCCUUGUGGCUUGGAAAACGCAGCUGGAGAGGAUGAAGGGAUGGGAAGAGCUCUCUGCUCCGGCUGUCGGAACUGACAGCAACGAUAUCGAUCCCAAGGCAUAUCUCGAACACCUGAUCGACGACUACGACAUCAGGAUCAACGAUUGCGAGACCGUGCUGCAGGGAACAUCACUGGCAUUCCAGCUGGAAACCAUCCUACAAUCGAGAGAAGACACGAUGAUUGCUAUCAAAGACGGGAAGGCGAUGAAGUCGAUUGCGGUUGUCACGCUGUUCUUUCUACCGGGAACUUUUUUUGCAACUCUUUUAGCUGUUCCAGAGUUCAAAGCGCUCGAAAACAUCACCGUGAUACCGUCCUGGUCUGUGUACCUGAUCAUGUUCCUGCCAUCCACCUUGAUCCUCAUGAUGGGCUACUUCUGGUGGAUAAGCAGGAGGACAGAGGUCCCCUUUCUGCCCACGUACAGGAGGCAAUGUUAA